AUAUACGUUUUCGCGUUCGCGGUGUAAGCACUCGUCGUGUUAUAUAGGCGCUAGUGUUGUAACUUUGGAUAAUAAACAAUUGAAAAAUCCAGUGAUAAUGGCGCCGGUAUCAAAUACAGUGAUGGGCAUCGACGAUGACCAACGUUUCGCUUUAAUGAAGUUUCGUCGAAGUGUUCGAGAUGUUCUGAAACCCGAGCAUAAUGAUCAUUAUCUUUUACGGUGGCUAAGAGCUAGACAAUGGGAUCCGGAAGCAGCAGAGAAAAUGCUACGUGAUUCGCUGAUUUGGCGAGAGAAGUGGGGUGUUGAUACUACACUUGAGACGUGGCAGGCGCCAGAACCGCUUGAGAAGUAUUUCCCUAGCGGCACGACGGGUUUUGAUAAGGAGGGAUCACCAAUUAUAAUAGUUCCAUUCGUGGGCUUGGACGCGUGGGGCAUGUUGCACUCCGUCACGAGGACAGAUGUCAUCCGCAUGAUUCUGCGCCAUCUUGAAAAUUACCUCGCUAGUGCGAGGAAACAGUCUUUAGAACACGGACCCGCCGCACUCAAGGUUACAGUACUGUUCGACCUUGAAGGCUUCAACAUCCGGCAAUAUGCAUGGAAACCGGCCGCGGAGAUGGUGUUCACGCUGCUUCAGAUAUACGAAGCCAAUUAUCCGGAAAUAUUGAAGACCUGUUUCAUUGUUAACGCCCCUAAAGUGUUCUCAUUAGCCUUCUCCGUGGUAAAGAAAUUCAUGCAUGAAUACACAAUAUCCAAGAUCAAAAUAUACGGCACCGACACGAAGAAAUGGCAGCCCCAAGUACUGGAACUGAUCGACAGGGACCAGCUACCCGCGCACUAUGGUGGCACUUUGGUGGACGCAAAUGGCGAUCCUAGAUGCAGCCUCAUGGUGAAACCGGGUGGUAAAGUUCCUAAAAGUUAUUAUUCAAAGAACGCGCCAAGCGAACAAAGCAAGGAGUAUACGCGGGUCACUGUCAAGACUGGAGAAAAGCAUUCUGUUGAUUUACUGUGUGUGGAAGGCGAAAGUGUUUUAAAGUGGGAAUUCGGUGUUGACAGUCACGACAUAAAGUUCUUAAUAAAACGUAAAGAUGAAGACGGCAACGAGACGAUCGUUCACGGUCCCAAAAAGGUCGCGGAGGGUCCCGUCGACGUCGGGGUCUUGCCUGUAACGGGACCAGCGACUUAUUCCGUAAUAUUCGACAAUAAAAGCGCGUAUUUACGCAACAAAAAGGUGUUUUAUGACGUUCUAAUCUCCAUCCCAGAAAAGGACCUCAACUUAACCGACGUGCCCGAAGACGUUCCGGAAGCCACUGAACAUCUGGCCACGACGAAAACCACUGGAUUGUGAAUUAUUUUAAAAGUGUAUUUAAUUAGAAACUUACAAAGUAGGUUAUCAAGGUUGGAUAUCAACGUUUGCUAUUUUGAGCGCUAUAUUGUAAAAUUGGGACUGUGUCCUUCAUACGAAGGAAUAAAUAAGUACGGAAAUACCUAUUAAGCUUAUAACCUGUGCUUGUAACUAUAAUGUUUUUAAUUCAAUGACAUUGUUAGAUAGAUAGUUAAAAAGCAUUUAAAUAUACUGUACAGAUUGAUUUUAUUUCCUAUUUCGCUCAAUGUGGAAAUAAAUACGCAGUAAAUCUCUUUGACAUUUUUAUAAUACUUAAUUAAUUUUAAUACACAUAUUUAGAAACUGUUUGUAAAAUUAUUUUUUAAACGUAAAAAGAUAGUUGGCAAUCUAAAAGUUUAUGAUAACAACAGCUGAGGUUGUUCUAAAAGCCAUUGAUUUUAAUAACCUUCAGGCACAUUCACGUUAACCGAUAACAACACCUUAGACCAUCGACAAUACCUAACCAAUAUUUUUUUUGCAAUUUUUUUUUCAUUCAUUCUAUUAUAUAGGUAUUAUACAUACAUACGUAUUCAUACCUAUUAAAAUGUUCCUAUCUGUCAUUAUGCAGCUAUUAUAUAACUAUCUAACUAUGUAUUCCGUAACAAAAAGACUUAUCAGAAGUGGUUAAGGGUGAUACUAGUAAUAAUAGCGUUAAUUAACGUUAGAUAUUUUUAAAUAGAAAAAUAUUGAUUAUAGAUUACUAUAAAUAGGCGUUUUUGUUUUAAUCCAACAAGAAGGUUUAAUGGAAAACUUGUAGAUAUAUAAACUUCAGGAAAUUCUUUGCGGCAUAAAUAUUUUAUGCAAAUAAGUAUGUCUGUAUGUAAUCAAGUAUUUUUUUGUUAUAUUUGAUUAGAAGUAUUGAUAAAUCAUUUAAAUUUAUUGCGCUUAGUAUAUUAGGUACGUAGAAGCAAAUACUAAUACGGUGGUUAGUGAAACAAUUAUAUUAUAUUAUAUACUAGCUAACCAGGCAGACGUUGUUGUGCCCUUUCCGAACUACCAUUUGCUUUUCCAAAAAGAAAUUCCAGAAAUUAGCAAUAAAAAAAAAUUAUGACCCUCAAUUUUUUUUAUUAAAAUUAUUAUCGGGAUAAAAACUAUCCUAUCUCUCAAGUUGGACCAAACUGCACACAGUGUGCAAAUUUUCAUUGAAAUCAGUUCAGUAGUUUAGGAGUUCAUCGCGGACAAACAAUGUGACACGUAAUUUUUAUAUAUAAAGAUUAGUACUUUUAAUAAUGUUUUGUAAUUAUUGAUAUAUGUUGACUAGCCAAAUUAAGUUAUAAGAUAUAUGAAUAAUUAAUUUCAUUUUAUGCUCAUUAUUAAUUUACGUAUAAUAAACGCUAUAAUUAUAUACAAAAUGUCGCUGGAAAAAAUGCAUGAUGUAGGUAUCUAUAUUACAAAUUAUUUUACUCAUUAUAGUGAGUAUGUAAGAUUUGCUCAACCUAUUUUAUAUAUUUUUUGUAAUAAUUAAAUUAUACAUACUUAAUAACUAUUGUUGAAAAUAUUUAAAGCAUAUUCUGUGAUAAAUCUUUGUUUGUUAUAUAAAUAUAAUGUGCAAUCUCAUGCACAAAUAAACCUGUAUUUUUGUGUCAGAGCGAAAUAAAUUACCAAGUACUUACUAAAGUUAAGUUUAUGUUUGCAUGCUUAGGAUACUACAGUAUUUAGUGGUCAAAAGCUACAGAAUUACAUUAAAAAUAUAAAUGCUCUUUGUGAAGAUUAUUUUACUGCAUAUGUAAUGCUAUGUAUUUACCUAAAUACGUAAUACAUUAUCGCGAUAUGGUAUGGUUUCACCCACGGAGCAUAUACAAAUUGUAUUUGCUUCGUGGUUUCACCACGAUUCACGAACAAGAUUAAUUAUCUAUUAAAUUUAUUAAUCUGUGAUAAGCUCAAUUUAAGUGCAACUAGGUAAAAAGUUAUGUAAAUAUUGAACCUUUAAACUUUUUUAAAUAUUUAAAAUAGUAUAUUUUUAUUUCAAUCAAGAAAUAAAAAUAUUCUACUAUUAAUUGUUUCAUGUAAAAAAACUAGUUGCCAUUACAUUAACGACAUUAUAUACUCCUACGCUAAUAUAAAUGAGAAAAUAUUUUAACUGUAAAUAAAGAUUCUAAUUUUUUUUUAGGGGUUAAUUUUAAAUUUGCUGAUGGCUACAGUUUUGUACCUUGCUUUGAUUAAAAUGAAUAAAACU